GGGACGCGUCGGGCAGUCACAAUAUUGGUCCCGUCCCGGCGAGUGGCGAGUGGGAGCCCGCGCCCGGCUCACGACACCCGAAUUCAAACUCGGCUGCUUCUUUUAGAUUUUAGGUCACCCUCCCGACGUUCAGUUUCGUGGCUCUUGUCUUCCCAUGUGUACGUCCUCGCUCCGCCGCCGCCGCGCCGCACCGCGACGUCCGAGACCCGCGGAGACCGUCUGAGACCCGUCUGUAAACACGAGCAUGACCGCGUCUGUUUUCUGACGUGCCCCCGAGAAAUGCGCCCGGCGAAUCACCUUCAAUCGGGAACCAGCCUGCUUCAUCCCUGAAGCGUUAACCUCCCUGCUACGGAUCUAAGAUCUGAUUUAUGAAUCAACAUAGGUUAAUUAAUAAGCAGAGAGAUCCCGGGCGAUGACAAAGGCUAAAAACGAGCUCAGCCAAGCUCAUGAAUGUUCGAAAUCGCGGCUCUGACUGCCAAGGCAUAUGUCGCGGAGCGGCGGCGCGGAGGAUGCUGUUGUUGAUGGUGUUGGGGGCGUUCCUGGUGUUCACGCAGUACCAUCUCUCGGUGCGAUGGGUGGCGCAACCGCAGCAGGCCAUGACGCUGGACCCGGACUCGGGGAGUCUCGACAACUUCCUCAGGGCUUCCGUCGCCAGGAUCCAGUUCGAUGAUAAUCUCAUCUCUAUCAUAGGAGAAAAAAUGGUGAAGGAAAUGGCGCUACAACUGGGUCGGCAGAUUGUCCUGAGCAAUGAAAUAAGAGGCUGUAUGGAGACGGAUCCGAACUUGCCGAUGCUUUACAUCAUCACGCCUACGUACCGACGUCCGGAACAAAUCGCAGAGCUCACCCGGCUGGCGCAGACUUUGAUGCACGUCAAGAACAUCCACUGGCUCGUGAUCGAGGAUGCAACGCAAAAAACCUGGCAGGUUACGCAACUACUCGAGAGGACCGGCAUCAAGUUCGAACAUCUCAUCGCGCCAAUGCCGGAGGACCUGAAGAAGAAGAAGGGCCUGAAACCGCGCGGCGUUUCCAACCGGGAGAAGGGUAUUAACUGGGUUCGCAAUCACACCACCGACGGAGUCCUCUAUUUCGCCGACGACGACAACACCUACGAUAUCCAGAUCUUCCACGAGAUGCGCUUCACCAAGAAAGUCUCCAUGUGGCCGGUCGGUCUCUGCACCGGUUACGGGGUCAGCUCUCCGAUCGUCAAGAACGGCGUGUUCCAGGGGUUCUAUGACGGUUGGGUCGCCGGCAGGAAGUUCCCCGUCGACAUGGCCGGCUUCGCCGUCAACAUCAAGUUCCUACUUCAGAGGCCAGCAGCAAAAAUGCCCUACAAACCGGGAUUCGAGGAGGACGGGUUUCUCCAAAGUUUAGCACCUUUCGAACCGAAGGAAAUAGAACUCAGAGCCGAUAACUGUACGAAGAUUUACGUGUGGCACACUCAAACUAAGAAAAAUUCACCGGCGGGACCGUUGGAUGCAAAGUACAACAGCACGAAUUUAUUACAUUUAAAGCGGUUCAUCGUAUGACACGCUGCUGUACUAAAUCCAAGCUUGCCUUUAUAGGUUCAAUGCCCAUUUCCUCAUUGAUUUGUAUUUCUCAUGGUUUCUUCCGCCCAUGAAGGUGAUAUCCCCCCCAUCCCGAUAACGGCAAUAUUGGCAGAAUUAGUCACGAUACAUAUUGCUGUAAUGUCCAAUGUGCUGAUGUUCAUUUAAUAUUAUGUAAUUCAUUUGAGCCUAUUUUUUGCAUGCAUGAAACCUCGAAAAAACAAACAAAGAGUAUUAUCACAGGAAGCAGUACUAUUACUUAGUUAGUACUUAGUUAGUACUGCUUAGUUUUGAAAUGAGAAUUAUUUUCAAAAUUUCUGGAAAAUUCCUGAAACAACUUGCGAUCCUGAUAUUUGCCCUGGCAGACAUAUUGUAGACUAUGGAAACAUGUACAUGACAGAGCAAUCUGAGUGAGUGCUUUACCCACUCGAUUUUAUAAUUCUUUAUUUUACUCACCGUAUUUCGAAGAAUGGUAUGAGACGCCAUUGAAAUAACGCGUGCUGGAUUUUUCCAGACUUGGUUACGUUUUGACUUCACGGUCUCCUCUAAGAAGGUAUGACUUUAUAGAGGCUUUUAUUGAGUUAAUCGGGUAGCUACAUGUUUUAUUCGUCAUUUAAUGGAUAUAGAUAUAUAAACAGCAUAUCAGAAAAUAUUGUCCUCGAUAAAUCAUUAUUAUACCAUUGUGUUGAUGAACAAAUUGGAGGAUAUGGGGACUUACAAACCAACUGCAUUGUACACCGCUGCUAUGAAUGCAGGAAAAAAGAGAGGUGUCCUUUUUCUCUGGGAGGAGGGCACGGAAUUCGACAUUACUAUCAGUUCGCUUAUUUGUAUUUAUUUAUUGGAAUCGGUAUCCUUUUUAUUUUUGAUACUCAAAAGAAAAAUUGGUUACAGAGCGCUUCCCCGUUCUCCCACAAAUCAGGGGCGAGGCUUGGAUGGUCGAUUAUCGAUAUUUCCCCAUUUGAAGCUACGGUAAAAGAUCGAUUAUUAGGGUGUUCGUCGCGAAGACCCUGUUUAUCGAUCCUUCUCCAUAGGUUUAAAUGGCAGAUCGAUCGAUGUAUCGCAAAUCAGGUUCGAUGAUUCUAGCCCUUAAGUUCGCCUCGACUCAUUUAAUGUGAUAAUUCUAUCAUACAAGAACUCAUGACACUAUCUAGUCAGCAAGGUUUCUCGUGCGUUCAAAAUGCACGGGGCCUCUGUUUAACGUUGUUUUGUUUGUUUUCUUAUUUAUUUUUCUUUCUAUAUUAGGCUAUUUUUGUAUUUUGUACAUUUGAGAUAUUGUACAGAUUAAAAUAUCGCAUGUGGCUCUAUUGCUGAGCGCCGCUCUUACGUUUUACGAUCAGCACUUUUUUACUCUUACACAUCGAACAUGCUUUAAAAUGUAGCCUUAUUCCGAGAAUAAAUCCACAUACCUAGUAUAAUAAAUUACGUAUCUGAAAUGCAUUGGUUGUGAAACACACAGUAGCGAGGCGUGAAUGAUCGAUUAUCGAUAUUUUCUCAUUUGAAGCUAUGGUAAAGAAUCGAUUAUCGAAGUGUUCGUCGCGAACACCCUGUUUAUCGAUCCUUUUCCAUAGGUUUAAAUGGCAACCGCAAAGUACGCCACGCUACCGAAGUGUUGAUGAUGCUCUCUAACGCAGGCGAUUAUUUUCAAUGUAUAUGUACUUUCAUUGUAAUAUAAUCUGAAAGCAUCCGAUCACGAAAGUUCAAAGCUUAAUGAAUGUUGUUUUGAACGAUACUGCUGAAACAGCAGGAUGAAAUCAGCUCUCUACUUGUAUUAGCUAAAGGCAACUUGCUGUAUUACCUUCAGAUUUCACGAAUACAACGUCUUUUUUUAAAUUUCAAUGAUAUCUCAUAGGUAGUCGUUCACUUAUUUAUAUCACACAUUUGAAAGGUGGGGAAGAAAGGGUGAGAUUUCAGCAUUAUAAUUUGAAAGGUAUUGGAGAGAAAAACGCUGCCUCCUUCGAAACGCCUAUUAACUACGAAAGAAAAAAAAUAACAAUUGUAGGGAAUAAAUUAUGCCUAAUGCCAGGUUUGAUAUACACCUCAAAUAGUUUUUUCUAGGCUACGUUUGAGGAUUAUACUACUACUACAUAUUGUAUUUUGCUAGUCAGCACUUGUCUAAAUAAGUUUACAUUGAUUUAAAAAAAAAAGGUUUCUAAGUUACCAAGUUACCAUGAUACAACAUGACUCAUGGUUGACCUGUGAGUGACUGAUGGGGGAAAAAAAUCAGCAUUACUGUCCCCCAUCCUAAAAGACGAUUUUUCUGACUCUUUUCUUUCAAUUUGUACCUCACAGGUUUUUACACCCUCGCAUUGCCCGGAUUACGUAUUUUAUCCUGAUAGUUUUAAUUAUUUAUUUUUAUACAGAUAAGUUUAUGUAACUUAUCUUUAAAAUCGUUCCGUAGACUGAACUUACCGAACAAAAAAAACACACACCCACUUCCUUCCUCACCCUCUUACACACGGAAAAUAUCUUUGGAAGAAAAUUGGCGAAGGUAUGCAUUUCUAAAACUGAACACUGAA